AUGUCGGCGAAAAGGAAGAGCAUGACUUCACCUGGAGGAAGCGCCAAGAAACAAAGGAAGGCUAUCGAUCUUGAAAUGAAAAUGAAGAUCAUAAACGACUAUGAAGCUGGUAAGAAAGUUAAAGCGAUAGCACGUGACUUGGAGCUGGCGCAUUCAACCAUUUUGAAGAUCUUGAAGGAUAAAGAUAGAGUGAAAGAGGCAGCGCGUGAAGGUGAAGAAUCGACGGAAACAUUUACGGCAAGCCGUGGAUGGUUUCAACGGUUUCGUUGGAGAUUCAACCUGCAUAAUCGGAGUAUCAGCGGUGAGGCGGCAAGCGCGGAUGUAGAAGCAGCUGAAAAAUUUGUUGACCAAUUUGAUGAAAUCAUCGAGAAAGGCAGCUACCGUCUGGAACAGAUCUUCAAUGUGGAUGAAACCAGACUUUUUUGGAAGAAAAUGCCCGAAAGGUCCUACAUACACAAAGAAGCUAAAACAAUGCUCGGUUUCAAGGUUUUUAAGGACAGGGUCACGUUGUUGUUGAGAGGAAAUGUCUCUGGGUUCAAGUUAAAGCCUUUCCUCAUCUAUCGCUCUGAGAACCCACGUGCAUUGAAGCAGGUUAGUAAGCACACGCUGCCCAUUUACUAUCGUGCAAAUAACAAGGCAUGGAUGACGCAAGCUUUAUUUGAGGAUUGGUUCAUCAACUGCUUCAUACCCUCGGUCAAGCAUUAUUGUCUGGAAAAGGGGGUUCCCUUUAAAAUUAUCCUCCUGCUUGAUAAUGCCCCAGGCCACCCCCAGCAUCUUGAUGAUCUACACCCGGAUGUAGAGGUAGUGUAUCUGCCUAAAAACACGACUGCUAUCCUACAGCCAAUGGACCAGGGGGCUAUAGCUACAUUCAAAGUGUACUGUUUGCGCGCAACUUUUUCCAAAGCUAUAGCAGCAACAGAAAGUGAUGAAGUAACCCUUCGUGAUUGUUGGAAAUCAUACAACAUUUUACACUGCAUAAAGAACAUUGAAUCAGCUUGGGAGGGAGUGACAGAAAAGUGUAUGCAAGGCAUAUGGAAAAAAUGCCUAAAAGUUUUCGUGAAUAAUUUCGAAGGGUUUGACAAAGACGAACAUGUCGAUGUCAUAAAUAAAAAAAUUGUGGAACUUGCUAACGUGCUUAAUUUAGAUGUUGAAGUGAAAGAUAUUGAAGAAUUAGUGGAAUAUGUUGAGGGAGAGCUAACUAACGAAGAUUUAAUAGAUUUGGAAGCGCAGCAGCACUUGGAAGAGGAAGAAGAAGAAGAAAGAACGGAAGAAGUACAAAAGAAGUUCACUGUAAAUGGGUUAGCUGGUGUGUUCUCGAAAAUGAAUGCGGCUAUAUUAGAACUAGAGGGUAUGGACCUGAAUGUUGAACGGUUCACGAAAGUGGAACGGCAAAUGAAUGAACUUUUACGAUGCUAUCGUGAAAUUUAUGAAGAAAAAAAGAAAAUUACAAAGCAGACCACACUAACGGGAUUCUUCUCGAAAGCUACACCCAGGACCCCUGCUGAUAACUCCGAUGAUAACUCCGAUGAUGACCCCGAACCACUACCACACUUUGAAGGAUUCGAUGACUAA